UUGCUAGAGCUGUGUUGGGGGGUACCUGGUCCCGAGCUUGGAGCCUGUCUGGCCAGGGCUUCCGCCUGUCCUCUGCCCCUGUGGAGCAGUCAGCAGUCCCCUGUGGCUCAGGCUGGUAUGUUCAGGAAGGCAGCAGCCAUCGGUGCACACCUGCUGGGCCCGCUCCAGGGAAAGAGCGUCGGCACCCCGCCCACCCGAGCCUUGCACCAGACUCUCGCCAUGGCCAAGCGUCUGCAGGCCCGAAGGCUGACGGGAAUCGACCACAACCCCUGGGUGGAAUAUACUCGCCUGGCCAGUGAGUGUGACGCCGUGAACCUGGGCCAAGGCUUCCCUGACUUCCCGCCCCCAGACUUCGCCGUGGAUGCCUUCCGGCAGGCGCUCAAUGGGGACUUCAUGCUCAACCAGUACACCAAUGCCUUCGGUUACCCACCCCUGACGGAGAUCCUGGCAAGCUUCUUCGGGAAGCUCCUGGGGCAGGAGCUGGACCCGCGCAAGAACGUGCUGGUGACCGUGGGCGCCUACGGGGCCCUGUUCACGGCCUUCCAGGCCCUGGUGGAUGAAGGAGACGAGGUCAUCAUCAUCGAGCCCUUCUUCGACUGUUACGAGCCCAUGACCUUGAUGGCUGGAGGGCGCCCUGUGUUUGUGUCCCUGAAGCCGAGACCCUCCCAGGAUGGGGACCCAGAGUCGAGUGGCAACUGGCAGCUGGACCCCACAGAGCUGGCCAGCAAGUUCACGGCCCGGACCAAAGUCCUGGUCCUCAACACACCGAACAACCCCCUGGGAAAGGUGUUCUCACGGGCCGAGCUGGAGCUGGUGGCCCGCCUGUGCCAGCAGCAUGAUGUGCUGUGUAUCACCGACGAGGUCUACCAGUGGCUGGUCUAUGACGGGCAUCGGCACGUGAGCAUCGCCAGCCUCCCUGGCAUGUGGGAGCGGACCCUGACCAUUGGCAGUGCAGGCAAAACCUUCAGCGCCACUGGCUGGAAGGUGGGCUGGGCGCUGGGUCCCGACUCCCUCCUGAAACACCUGCGAACUGUGCACCAGAACUCCGUCUACCACUGUCCCACGCAGGCCCAGGCUGCCGUCGCCCUGAGCUUCCAGCGGGAGCUACAGCACCUGGGCCAGCCCGACAGCUACUUCGUGCAGUUCCCACAGGCCAUGCAGCGCCGCCGCGACCACAUGGUGCACAGCCUGCGGUCGGUGGGCCUGCGACCUGUGGUCCCGCAGGGCAGCUACUUCCUCAUGGCAGACAUCUCGGACUUCAAGAGCAAGAUGCCUGACUUGCCUGGCGCUGCGGACGAGCCCUAUGACCGAUGCUUCGUCAAGUGGAUGAUUAAGAACAAGGGCCUGGUGGCCAUUCCAGUGUCCAUCUUCUUCAGUGGCCCCCAGCAGCAACACUUGGACCACUAUAUCCGCUUCUGCUUUGUGAAGGAUGAGCCCACGCUGCGGGCCUUGGACGAGAAGCUGCAGAAGUGGAAGGCGGAGCUGAAGCCCUGAGCAGACCCUGCAUCGGGAGGAGAAGCAGGGGAGAUGGAAGGGGGUCCUUCUCUGUCACACAGAGACCCCCCCACACACACACACACACUCAAGUGCCUGUCUUCCUGUGCCAGGGGAAUGAGGCCUGGCCUCGGUCAUCCCUGCUACAUAGCAGGUGGAAUCUAGGACCUUGCCCGUUUCUGCUACUCCACACUGCCUGGGACGCAGAGGGUGGAAUCGGGAAUGCAGGUCCUGCUCACCCUGGUCCUGGCUUACCCAGCCCAUCCUUGCCGGAUGGGCCCCUGCAGCCAGUCCUUCCCAUGCAUAAUAAAGUUUUAACUUAUUCACA